AGCUCGUACUACCUCCAUGAGAGCCACUGACAGGAUGGGGGCCAGGGCAGUGUCCAAGCUGCGGCUGGCACUGCUGUUUGUACUGGUGCUAGGGACGCCCAGGUCAGGGGUCCAGGGGGAGGACGGGCUGGACUUCCCUGAAUACGAUGGUGUGGACCGCGUGAUCAAUGUGAACGCAAAGAACUACAAGAACGUGUUUAAGAAGUAUGAGGUGCUAGCCCUCCUCUACCAUGAGCCCCCCGAGGACGACAAGGCCUCCCAAAGACAAUUUGAGAUGGAGGAGCUAAUUCUGGAGUUAGCAGCCCAAGUCCUAGAAGACAAGGGUGUUGGCUUUGGCCUGGUGGACUCUGAGAAAGAUGCAGCUGUGGCCAAGAAACUAGGCCUAACUGAAGAGGACAGCGUGUAUGUGUUCAAAGGAGAUGAAGUCAUCGAGUAUGAUGGCGAGUUUUCUGCAGACACUCUGGUGGAGUUUCUGCUCGAUGUCCUAGAAGACCCUGUCGAAUUGAUUGAAGGUGAACGAGAGCUGCAGGCAUUUGAGAAUAUCGAGGAUGAAAUCAAACUCAUUGGCUACUUCAAGAGCAAAGACUCAGAGCAUUACAAAGCCUAUGAGGAUGCAGCUGAAGAAUUCCACCCCUACAUCCCUUUCUUCGCUACCUUCGACAGCAAGGUGGCAAAGAAGCUGACGCUGAAGUUGAACGAGAUCGAUUUCUAUGAGGCCUUCAUGGAAGAACCUGUGACCAUCCCAGACAAGCCCAACAGUGAAGAGGAGAUUGUCAACUUCGUGGAGGAGCACAGGAGAUCGACCCUGAGGAAACUGAAGCCUGAGAGUAUGUAUGAGACUUGGGAGGAUGAUCUGGAUGGAAUCCACAUUGUGGCCUUUGCAGAGGAAGCUGACCCUGAUGGUUAUGAGUUCUUAGAGACUCUCAAGGCUGUGGCCCAAGACAACACUGAGAACCCUGACCUCAGUAUCAUCUGGAUUGACCCUGAUGACUUCCCGCUGCUGGUUCCGUACUGGGAGAAGACCUUUGACAUCGACUUGUCAGCUCCGCAAAUAGGAGUUGUCAAUGUUACGGAUGCGGACAGCAUAUGGAUGGAGAUGGACGACGAGGAGGACUUGCCUUCUGCUGAGGAGCUGGAGGACUGGCUGGAGGAUGUGCUGGAGGGUGAAAUCAACACAGAGGAUGAUGACGACGACGAUGAUGAUGACGAUGAUGAUGACGACGACGACGAUGAUGACGAUGACUAGUUGCUAUGGCAACUCCUUACCAGCCCCCCUUGCUCUUUACAUGUACCUUCCUACCGCCCAUGCACUGCCCCGAGCUCCUUGGGACACUAGGUCAUUCUCUACUAUAGGGCCAACUGUGGUCUACAUGCAGGGUGCUCGAGAUCCUGGUCUCCCUCGCUGAAGAGAAAAGGAGCUGCUUUGUCUCCGAUACCAGCCCAGUUCUCUCAUCUGACUUGUUUCUUAUCCCGUACCUUAUCUGUAUCUACUGUUUCUC